CGCCCACUCGCUACCCGAGACUCUGUACUGCAAUUUAGUCUCUAAUUUGAUCUGCUCUCUGAUCAAUCAUGGAGAUCCCGCUCAUUCUCUUCACUGUGGCGGCUGCCGCUUUGGCGUACCUCCUCUGGUUCUGCCUUCUGGCCCGGACACUGACCGGCCCCAAGGCGUGGCCGCUAGUGGGAAGCCUCCCCGCCCUCUUCUCGAACCGCCGGUGCAUCCACGACUGGAUCGCCAGCAACCUCCGUGCAGCCGGCGGCUCCGCCACGUACCAGACCUGCACGGUCGCGCUCCCCUUCGUGGCCCGCCGGCAGGGGUUAUACACCGUCACGUGCCACCCCAAGAACAUCGAGCACGUGCUCCGGACCCGGUUUGACAACUACCCGAAGGGCCCGACGUAUCAGGCUGCUUUCCACGACUUGCUGGGCCAGGGGAUCUUCAACAGCGACGGGGACACUUGGCUGAUCCAGCGGAAGACGGCGGCUCUCGAGUUCACGACCCGGACACUCAGGCAGGCCAUGGCCCGGUGGGUCAGCCGGACCAUAAAGUCGCGCCUUUGGACGAUUUUGGACAAAGCUGCUCGAGAUAAAACCUCGGUGGACUUGCAAGAUCUGUUGCUUCGUUUGACGUUCGACAACAUAUGCGGACUCACGUUCGGCAAGGACCCCGAGACUUUGUCCCCGGAAAUGCCGGAGAACCCCUUCGCCAUCGCCUUCGACACCGCCACCGAGGCGACGCUCGAGAGGUUGCUGUACCCGAGCUUCCUGUGGAGGUUGAAGAAGGUCUUCGCUAUCGGCUCGGAGAAGAGGCUGCAGAGGAGCCUCGAGGUCGUCGAGACUUACAUGAAUGACGCCAUCGAGGCGAGGAAAGAGGCUCCGUCUGACGAUCUCCUGUCGAGGUUCUUGAAGAAGCGCGACGUGGACGGGAACCUGUUCCCCACUUCCGUCCUCCAGCGCAUCGCGCUCAACUUUGUCCUCGCCGGGCGCGACACGUCCUCCGUCGCCCUCAGCUGGUUCUUCUGGCUGGUGAUGAACAACCCCGACGUGGAGGAGAAGAUUAUCCGGGAGAUCACAACGGUGCUCCAGGAGACACGCGGUGACGAACCGGCCAAGUGGGUGGAGGACCCGCUGGUCUUCGAUGAGGCAGACAGAUUGAUAUAUCUGAAAGCCGCAUUGGCCGAGACUCUGAGAUUGUAUCCUUCCGUGCCCGAAGAUUACAAGCAUGUGGUCUCCGACGACGUCUUGCCGGACGGCACGUUCGUGCCUGCAGGAUCGACGGUGACAUACUCCAUAUAUUCGGUUGGGAGGAUGAAGGCUAUAUGGGGCGAGGAUUGCUUGGAGUUCAAGCCGGAGAGGUGGCUGUCGCCGGAGGGCGACCAGUUCGAGCCGCCCAAGGAUGGUUACAAGUUCGUGGCGUUCAACGCCGGGCCCAGGACUUGCCUCGGGAAGGACCUCGCGUACCUGCAGAUGAAGUCGGUGGCUUCGGCGGUGCUCCUCCGCUACGUGCUGUCGCCGGUCCCCGGCCACCGGGUGGAGCAGAAGAUGUCGCUCACCUUGUUCAUGAAGAACGGGCUCCGCGUCUACUUGCGCCCACGGGCUCUCGUAGGCCCGGCCCAGGGACUCGCCGCCCCAGCAUAGGGGCCUCGAAGGCGUGGAUGAACUCACAAACUUCGCCACGGUUGUGGCUUGAACUUGUGAAGGCGUUAAUAAGGUCGUUCCACUUGAUUUUGCGGUACAGGGUGUUCAUUACAUCUCCAUAUGGUAAAAUUCAUGCAUACACACCCACAGUGAAAAUUUGUUAUUGGUUCUGUCCUUGUCAUUCGUCGUCGUUUCAUGUGAUUGGAGUGCUUAGAUUUCCUUGAUGAGUAUACUUGUAACAUAAAAAAGAUUGUCAUUGUGAUGAUUUUGCCUUCUACGUUGCGUUUUCCGUACAUUUAGAUGUACUUGUCGAGUAUAAAUACAACGUAUAAGUAUUUCGA